GAUCCACUGUUUCCCGCGCAGGGAUGACCGGCUGCGCCCGCUCCGCCUUUGGGCGCCUCUCUCCUUCUCCUCCCCUCCCUCUCUCUCGGGCGAGCCGUGCGUGGGGUUCUCCUACCUCGUAGCUGAGUUAACGCGGCUUGAACGGGGCCCGAAAAGCCUCGGUUCCCGCAGCCAAGGCGCUGGAAACCUCCAGCAAAGCGCGGGGUUGUGUCCGUUUGUCAGCCACGGCCGGGGUUUGUCUCGUUUGGGAGAUCGCAUCUUCGAUAGCUUUUAUUUCAACAGCCGUAGUAGUUGGUUAUUCUUUCAAAACGUACCGUUUCAUAAUCUUAAGAACGGAUUUACCCUUCAUUUUCUGUCAGUUAUCACAAAGAGGUCUUAGUUUGGCUCUUUGAGUUCAUGUUAGAUCUGGUGGGUUUUGUUUGGUGGUUGUUGGGGGCUUUUUUUGGUUGUUUUUUUCCUUUUUUUUUUUUUUUUUUCUCUCAGAAAUGAGUUUAAUAACACGACCUUAGUUCAGGGUCCCUUGUGUUCAAUUGCAAGUUUUUAACGUUUAUCAGAUUUCCCGUGGGAAACCAGCUAUUGCAUAUUUCUCUCAUUAUGCUGAAGUGGCAGGAUUUUUUUAAGCAUUCCGAGCAGGCACAGAGAUAAUCAACACCCUUAUGUGCGAAGACAGGUGCAGAUACAGGCUUGGAUUGUGCAAUGGGGGGAAAAAAAACAUCUCAAAUGUACCAUAAUAUGGAAGUUUUAAACAGAACCUGUUGUAAAAAGACGCUGUUGUGUGAUUAUGAAGCCAAGGAUUAGAAACGUGCGCCCACGCUGAGCGAGUAAUUGAACACAAAUCUCAAGUGGAAGAACUGCAGGAGAAGGGUUUUGUUUAGGAGGGGGCUGCCUUAAUUACUGCUUUUAUAGACAAAAAAAAAAAUAAGUACUUAAUACAGAACUAAACUUGCCUGGUAUUUUGCCUGAUAUUUUGUUGCCUAGUAUAAUACAGAACUUGGCAAAACUGGAACUCAUUUAAAAGAAGAGGAGGGGGAAACUUUUUAGUUGAUUUGUUAUGUAACAUAAUAUUUCUGCCUUUAAAGGCUGACAGUGUCUGUUAAUCAUUCUAUACUCAUUUCAGCUACAUUUGGUUUGUUGGUAGUAACUGAUAAUAGCUUAGCUGAAGCAUCUUGGCAGACGUUAAGUGUAUAUGGGGGAAUCAAUCACUUCACUAACAUGGAAAGGAUUUUUGAAUUCAGUUCUGGACAAGUGAAAACCUAGUUUUAGAUGGAAUCUUAUGGGUAGGAGUGGGGAGUUGUAAGGAGCACUCAUACGAUUUGGCAGAGGCAGUAUUUCUGUGAAGAUUUACAUGCAUGAAAGCUCAGGCACAUGCCCAAGUUACUGCAUGUCAGCAGAGCUGCAUUGUUUAAACGUGUGUGGCGAGGACACUGUGAACCAUUUUAUCUUAGGCUAAAAUACCUUUGUGGUGGUUUAUGGCAGGUUUAGUGAGUCACUGUGGCUCACCUAACCUUUCGUAACUUGUUGAAACAAGGUAAGCUCGGUUACCUAGCUGAGCUGCUGACUUUUCCAGAAUGACUUAUGUAAAACAGAAGUCCUGCUUAACAAAGAGAAGGCUGGAGAGUCUGUCUUACAAUGCCAUAUAACUUGCCCUUGGAAUGUUCCUGAAUGUUUUUGCAAGGAUAUAAUGUAAUAUUCUAUCUUUUGGACUAUCUAUCAAAGAUAGAGGCUUGUCCUGCCAAGUAUUUCUUGGCUUUCAGCUCUUUCUGUAUUUCUGAACUUGAGGUUGCACCUUGAUUCAAGCCCAGGUAAGAUAUUGAGAGAGAUCCUUUUCCCUCUGUCUUCUCUCUCCUCCUAGGAACCUACUCACAUUCGUGCAUGAACACUGAAGCCGGGCUGACAAACUCCCCCUUUUAAAAAUCUGUCUCUCUUCUGGUCUAAACAUCAGACUUUUUUUUCUCUUUUCUGCUAUCUGUACUCAUCUAUUUGUUGUUCCUAAACUGUCCCAUGCACAUUUCCAUGCUUUGCUUUCUACCUUUGCUUUGGUCUGCUAUGAUUUCCCACUCCCAUUAGCAAGAUACAUGUCAAGGUUACACCUUUGAAAAGCAUUAAGAAAAAUUGACAGAGGUGAACAACAGCUAUUUUCCUGAAAAGAGUCUUUAAUUUCUUCUAACACUUGAGUUCAGACUGUAAAGACAGAAUGUGACAAAAGAAGAUCAAGUUUCUCAUAUUGAAAAGGAAAAAUGGCUUUUCCCGUCUCCACAAGCUCCCCUCUCUUCUCUUGAGAGUCUACUUGAGACUUGAGUCUUGAGAAGAGAGUCUACUUGUCUUGAAAAUACAAGUAUCUACUUAAAUGGCCUUUACAGAAAAUCCUGCAAUUCUAGUAUCUGCAUUAAUGUAAAUGCAUAUUUACAUUCAUGGUACUUAAACUUCGUCUUCCCAGAGUGGAUUGUAAUCGAUGAGGUGUUAAUGCAAACAGUGAGGACAAAGGAACAGUGAAUAAUUGUACUCAAAAGGUUUAAAGUCGUUUUUCUCUGCAAGUCACACAUACACUGCAUGUUCACGAUUCAUGUCUCUCUUCACUCUGGCAUGGACCACACUUAAUGUAGAGUAAAAACUUCAAGACUUCAUUAACUUACCCUGUUGAAAAAGCACAAAUGGCAUGGCAAAAUAAAAUACAGCUUCCAAGCAGAAAAAGGAGAAGGCAGAAAAGCCAACAAGCUUUAUUAGAAGGGAGGCAGUAGCCAAGUGAAGCAGCUGGAAUCACACUGAAGUCACUCUGAACUCUGCGAUCACUUUGCUCUUCCUCCUGCUACAGAGCUCACAUCCCUGAUUUACAGUGCGUUUGGUUUCAAAGGACUAAACGAGAAAGCAACUGUGCAACAUGACAUUUGAAGAUUUUGAGAACUACUCUUAUUUCUACGACCUGUCUGAGGAAGAUGAGUCACCCCAGUCCUCCCUCAGCAUUGCCCAUAUGAUUUCCCUUUCCUUUUACAGCGUGGCAUUUCUCCUGGGAGUGCCAGGUAAUGCCAUUGUCAUCUGGUUUAUGGGCUUUAAGUGGGAUAAAUCUGUAUCUACGCUCUGGUUCCUCAAUCUGGCCAUUGCAGAUUUCAUUUUUGUCCUCUUCCUGCCCCUCUAUAUUACAUACGUGGCAAUGGGCUUCCACUGGCCUUUUGGGAAGUGGCUCUGCAAAAUGAACUCGUUCAUCGCGCUACUUAAUAUGUUUGCCAGUGUUUUCUUCCUGACGUUCAUCAGCCUUGACCGCUACAUCCGCCUAGUCCACCCAGUCUUUUCGUACAAGUAUCGGACUGUAAGGAACACCUUCAUUCUUAGUGGGAUCAUUUGGAUGGCAGCUGCAAUUAUUGGUGGCCCUGCCUUAUACUUCAGAGACACAGCUACAAUUCUCAACAAUGUCACCAUCUGCUACAACAAUUUCCAUGUGAAUGACAGAGAAGUUAUUCUGCUGACACAUCACAUUCUCAUUUGGGUGAGGCUUGCAUUCGGUUACCUCUUUCCUCUAGUGACCAUGGUCAUUUGCUACUCAUUGCUGAUUGUCAAAGUGAAGAGGAGAACUGUCUUGACAUCCAGCAGGCUUUUCUGGACCAUCAUUGCUGUAGUUGUAGCUUUUUUUGUUUGCUGGACACCGUACCACAUAUUCAGCGUUGUGGAGCUGUCUGCUCACCACAAUGAAAACUUGCACGACUUGCUGCAGGAUGGCAUUCCCCUCUCCACUGGUCUUGGUUUCAUCAACAGUUGCCUCAACCCAAUCCUGUACGUUCUGAUUAGCAAAAAGUUCCAGGCCCAAGUCAAGACGACGGUCUCAGAGGUGCUGAAGCUGGCCCUGUGGGAGGUGAGCCGCUCGGGGACGGUCAGCGAGCAGCUCUGGAGCUCGGACAACACCCAUACACCCGGGCACUACUGUGAAACUGCUCACUGACUGAGCUUGUCACCAUCCCUCUCCAAAAGAGCUGACAGCAGACUUGAAGGUGUUCUUGACUGAAUGUCUGACAGUCAGAUGUGCAUCUUUGCAUGUACAGUUUUGUGUAAACAGCUGGCUUAAUUGCACUUGCUGCUUUCCUUGCGAGGUUAUUAAAGGACGCAUCAUUAGGGUGUGGUGUGUUUGCAGUGCACACACAGCCUGAGCUGAGUGUUGUCAGCAUAAGUGGAAUUGUUUUAACUGGGUUUUUGAUGGGGAAUGUUGUUGUAAUCCUGUUGUUUUGUUGUAGUUCCAUACCUCAUUGAUAUAAAAAAAAGCACAUAAUAAUAAUAUUCCUCCUUGCCAUCACUGAUGACAUGCUAGAUCUAGGAAUUCUCAUCCAAGGGGUUGUGACCAUACAUCAAUGGGUCAAUGUCCUUGUUUUGUUAAAACCAGGACCAGUUCUCUUUUAGUGACAGUCUUGACUUCUGAUUGUCUCGUGUUGCCUUAAGGAGGAAUCACCUGGAAAUGUGUUUUCUCCACUUGCUCUUAUACUCAAAACUAAAACAGGAGAACCCAUGUUUUCUGGCCACUUUUGUGAUUUUAGCACCAGGUGGGUGCAAAAUACUGAGCAGAUGUUUCAUACAGGUAUUAGGCUCAUUUGAAAUGUGCAAAGAGUUAGGGAAAAUGUUUCUUACAGAAGCUGAGAUUCAAGGCCUCCCACCAUACUUGUUCUCUUUUCAUGUUUAAACUUUCAGGCUUAAAAAGGUUCAGAACUAAUCAGUCGCUUUUUAUUGCUCUGUCAAAAGUAAAGAAAUAAUAUAAUGUUUGCUUUAGUGCAAAUCUUCUGAAAAUGGGCAGAGUGAAUUCAACAAUAUUCUGUUACAAGUCUGCAGCCAUAUCUUCAGAUGUAUGGCUGUUCUGAGGGACCAGUUUCUGACACAAUACAAUGUAAUUAAAAAGUUGAAUGUGAGAUAAAACUCCACCAGAAGUAAAAGCAUAAAGCUUUGGGUGAAUUUGAACUGUUUUUUUUUCCCUUGUUACUGGCCUAGGUAUAUAGAAUAAAACUGCCUUUCAGAUAAUCUGCCUAGUUUCUAUGGCCUGCCAACAGACGUAAGUAGCAUUUGUACUGUAAAUGAGGCCUUAUAUGUAAAUGUAUUUGCCUUUGUAUUAUACACAUAUGCAUGCACGAGCCUAUCCAGCAUUGGUAGCUGUACAAACAGAAACAGCCUGACUGUGGUUUGUGGCUGUUUCUUUGGGCUUUGGUUUUGGAGUUUGGCAGAGUCAGUCAGGAUCAGUGGAAUUUCAAUGUAUUUAACUUUGGGCUGGAAAGUUCCAAACAGCAUUUUCCUUUGAGUAAUUUGCUGCCUGGCACAUAGCGACUAAUCAUAAUAUUUUGGCACUGUGCUGCUGAAUGUGCCUAAGUCAACCGUUUUGAAGUUUUUCUUCACAUGUUCCCUGACGUCUUUCUAAGAAUGAUGUAUUAGUGCUACUCUCCUGACUGUACUCCAAGUGAAGUAAUAAAAUGUUGUUUCUAAA